AUGGGCUUGUUUGAUAAAGUGAAACAAUUUGCAUCUGGCAAUGACAACAACUACGAUGACAACUACCAAGGUCAGAACAGUCAAAAUCAAGGCCUGAAUGAGGGUCAGGGGCAAAACUACGGUCAGGGUCAAGACCAAAGUUACGGACAGGGUCAAAGCCAAAGCUACGAUCAAGGUCUGGGUCAGGGUCAAGCGCAAGGACAGGGUCAAAAGAAAGAUGAUUUCUUGAGCAAAGCUGAGAACUUUCUAGGGAAGGAUAAAGUAGAUCAAUUUAGGCAAAAGAUUGGCGAUGAUAAUUUCACCAAAUUGGAGUCAAAAGUUCGUCAACAAUUCUCGAACACCCAUAUUGAUGAUGAAAAGAAAGGGAGUGGCAACAACAGUCAUGGGUCUGGUAAUAACAAUGCCUUGUCUUAUGGUGAUGAUUCCUAUGGUGAGAGUAACGCCGGUAAGUACGGGACUUCUGACAGAAUAGAUUCUAACAAGAAGAACUCGUCUUAUGGCGAUGAUUCAUAUAAUUCGAACAAGAAGAACUCAUCCUAUGGGGACGAUUCGUACGAUUCGAACAAGAAGAACUCUUCCUACGGUAAUGAUUCGUACGGUUCGAACCAAAACGAAUCAUAUGGGUCCAACAGAAAAACUCUUCCUAUGGGGACGAUUCGUACGGUUCGAACAAGAAGAACUCUUCCUAUGGGGACGAUUCGUACGAUUCGAACAAGAAGAACUCUUCCUACGGUAAUGAUUCGUACGGUUCGAACCAAAACGAAUCAUAUGGGUCCAACAAGAAGAACUCUUCCUAUGGGGACGAUUCUUACGGUUCGAACAAGAAGAACUCUUCCUACGGUAAUGAUUCGUACGGUUCGAACCAAAACGAAUCAUAUGGGUCCAACAAGAAGAACUCUUCCUAUGGGGACGAUUCUUACGGUUCGAACAAGAAGAACUCUUCCUACGGUAAUGAUUCGUACGGUUCGAACCAAAACGAAUCAUAUGGGUCCAACAAGAAAAACUCUUCCUAUGGGGACGAUUCUUACGGUUCGUACGAUUCGAAUCAAAAGCAAUCUUCUUACGGCAAUGAUUCCUAUGAUUCGAACCAAAACGAUUUAUAUGGUUCCAACAAGAAAAAAUCUUCUUAUGGGGAUGAUUCGUAUGGAUCGAACACAAAGAACUCGUCCUACGGGGGAAACACGCACGGAUCCCACCACAAUGAUUCCCGCAGGUCUGAAUACACUGGUUCUCAAGGUCGUGAAUCAGACUAUUCCCGUUCUCAAGGACAAAGAUACGGCAGCAAUGACGAUGACCGUUACUAGACACGUAUCUAUACUUAUAUAG